AUACAAGUUAAAGUUCAUGAAAAAAAAAAAAAAAAUUGGAGCCACUUUCAUUCUUUUCAUGAGUUUGGUUCCCUUCUCUCCCAAGUUAAGCUUCACUUCACUCCUUCUUCUAUACAAUAUUGUUUAGUAAAGCUCCCACCACUGUGCGAUCAUGGCCUCCGUCUUCUCCUUCCUUCUUCUCUUCUUCCACUUCUCUUCAUUUCAAGUGUUCGCCGCCGAAAAAGUCGUAAUCGAAGAAGGUUACACAGUAAAGACGGUGAUCGACGGCCACAAGCUCGGGAUCAGUCCUUACUCUGUCAUCCUUCGUCCUGGAUCGUCCGAUUUGGUUGUCCUCGAUUCUACUGGUAGUUCUUUCUACACCGUACCGUUUCCGAUCUCUAAUGAUAAUGUUGUCAAACGGUUUUCUGGAACCGGUGAAGCUGGGUAUGAAGAUGGUGAACCGGGCAUGGCCCAAUUUAGUAAGCCUCGGAGUUUUGCGAUAGAUUUGAAAGGGAAUGUUUAUGUUGCUGAUAAGAGCAACAAUGUGAUUAGAAAGAUCACUGAUUCAGGUGUGACUACAAUUGCUGGUCUGAAUAAGAAAGUGGGCCAUAAGGAUGGACCAGUAUCAAAUGCAACUUUCUCAAGUGAUUUUGAGCUUGUUUUUGUGCCAGAGAUUUGUGCUUUACUGAUUUCUGAUCAUGGGAAUCAACUAGUGCGGCAGAUUGAUCUCAAGGCCGAGGAUUGCCGGAGGGAUUCCGGGUCUGGUUCCGGUUCUGGUGUGGGAGCUAUUUCGAUUUGGAGUGUGGCAGUGGGAGUUGCAUGCAUACUCGGUUUUGCUGGUGGGUUUGCACUCAGGCCUUAUAUCCUUCCUCAUGUAAGUUUCUUCUUGCACUUCAAUGCAAUGAUAAUUUUGUAUUUGCAUACCAGCAUAAUAAAAACCAUGUUCGUUUGUAGACAGGGAGGCAUCAGGAUGCGCAAUUUCAGCGGGACAUGGAAGCUUUGCCUAACCCAUCUGGAGAAACAAGUUCAGAUACUCUGCUUCGCCAUCAGAAGCGCAACUGCUAACUCCUCUUUAGUUUGCUCGUUCUUGGAAAGGCUCUUUUGGCUAAGCCUAUCUCAUAUAUCUCUUUUAUUUAGAAUAGAUUAUCUAGUCCCCCAAAUUUCCCCAAAGGAACACGUAUCUUUGCUUGGUAGCGACAGUGUCGAUAAUAGUAGCAGCAGUAGCGAGACAAUGAAGUCAUUAAAGUAUGACAAUCAACUGAAGGAUUUGAUAAGUUUUGACGAAAGCUCGGUGUCAUCGAACUUUGCAUCCACAGGAAUGGUUGAGCAAAGAGAAGAGUAUCAGGAGAGGCGUGAUGUUGUUCUGUCUGAAAAUGGGAAGAUAGAGAAUAUGAUAGAGACUAACAUUUUGCAUUUUGUGGACAAGGCUAAAGAAACUACUCUGAUAGACGCAGCUGUGUAUGGCAACUCUGGUCUCAUCAGAAGAAGAUGAAGUUGUUGAAACUUUUAAAGCCUUCCUGCUCUGCUUCUUGUUGCAAUGACUAUGUCACAUAUUAGGUUUGUAAAUAAUCCAACAUGCUUGCUGCACUGCUUUCUUGUCAGUUACUGACUUAACUUCCCAAAAAUAUGGAUCAUGCUUUCUUGUCA